AUGGAUUUUGAGCUAGAACCUACAUUGAGAUCAUUGAUCCAACAAGAUACCUUAAAAUGGAUAUUUGUUGGUGGUAAAGGUGGUGUAGGGAAAACCACUACUUCCUCAUCAAUUGCGGUACAAUUAGCAUUACAGCAUCCAGAAUCAGAAUUUUUAUUAAUUUCAACAGAUCCAGCACAUAAUUUAUCCGAUGCCUUUUGUCAGAAGUUUGGCAAAGAUGCAAGAAGAGUAGAAGGGUUGAGUAAUUUGUCAUGUAUGGAAAUCGAUCCCGAAGCAGCAAUGACCGAUUUGCAGCAACAAACACAACAAUUCAAUAAUGACCCAAAUGAUCCAUUGAAGAAUAUAAUGAACGAAAUGACUGGGUCUAUUCCCGGUAUUGACGAAGCCUUAUCUUUCAUGGAGGUGUUGAAGCAUAUCAAGAACCAAAAAGUCAGCGAGAAUGACAAUAAGGAUAGAAUUUCAUAUAGGACAAUAAUAUUCGAUACGGCGCCUACGGGGCAUACGUUACGUUUCUUACAGUUGCCAUCAACUUUGCAAAAAUUACUAGGCAAAUUCCAACAAUUAUCUGGUAAAUUGGGACCAAUGAUGAGCAUGUUGGGUGGAGGAGCAGCUGGUGGUCAACAAGACAUGUUUGAAAAACUAAAUGAAGUACAAAAAAAUGUUGCCGAGGUUAACGAGCAGUUUACUGAUCCUGAUGUGACAACUUUUGUUUGUGUUUGUAUCUCCGAGUUUUUGUCCUUGUAUGAAACCGAAAGAAUGAUCCAAGAGUUGAUGUCAUACAAGAUGGAUGUUAAUUCAAUCGUUGUAAAUCAAUUGUUAUUUGCAGACAAUGACGAGAAUCCGUGUCAGAGGUGUGUAAGUAGAUGGAAAAUGCAGAAAAAGUAUUUGGAUCAAAUGGCCGAGUUAUAUGAGGACUACCACUUGGUGAAAAUGCCAUUAUUGGGAACUGAAAUACGUGGAGUUGAGAAUUUAAAGAAAUUUUCAAAGUUUUUGAUGGUACCCUACGAUCCUGUAAAAGACCGAGCUCUUAUCACUGAAAUGAAGGAACAAUAA